CCCCGCCCUGAUUGGUUGGGAGCGGCUCCGGAGCGAGGACCCCAUUGGGAUGUCCCACGGGUACUUCCAGCACGAGGGCAUCACAUUCCCAGGGCUCCUGUACAGCCCCCGUGGGAUUGAGGCCGCUCGGGAAUUCCCAGUGUAUGAUGAUGACGUGUUCAAUGUCACCUACCAGAAGUCAGGCACGGUCUGGAUGCUGGAGAUCCUCAGCCUCAUUCACUCCAAUGGGGACCCCCAGUGGGUCCAGUCGGUGCCUAACUGGGAUCGGGGUCCUUGGCUGGAGACCCUCCUGGGCCUGCGCAGAGCUCGGGGCUGCCCCCGGCCGCGCCUGCUCAGUUCACACCUCCCCGUGCAGCUCUUCCCUAAGGCGUUCUUUGGGUCCAAGGCUAAGGUCAUCUACACCGUGCGGAACCCCAAGGAUGUUCUCGUCUCCCUCUAUCACUUCGCCCGAAUCUUCCGGCCCUAUAAGGACCCAGGGACCCUAGAGCAGUUCAUGGAGCGCUUCCUGCAGGGGGACGUUCCCUUUGGCUCCUGGUUUGACCACGUUCGGGGCUGGAUGGAGCUGAGAGGCCAAGAGAACUUCUUCUGUAUCAGCUAUGAGGAACUGCAGCAGGACCUCCGGGGCUGUGUUCGCCGCCUGUGUCAGUUCCUGGACCGGCCGCUAGGUGGCGCUGCCGUUGACGCCAUUGUGGCCAAUGCCUCGUUCGCUGCCAUGAGCAGUAACCGGAUGAGCAACUUCAGCCUCUCGCCUCGGUUCAUACUGGACAUGCGCAGAGGGACCUUCCUCAGGAAGGGCAUCUCAGGUGACUGGAAGAAUCACCUGACCCCGGAGCAGAGCGCGCGCUUCGAUCACGUGUACAGGGAGCGCAUGGGGGGGGUGGGGCUGACCUUCCCCUGGGACCCCCCCGAGGAGGAGCCCGAGGCCCCGCCCACUGAGGACACGCCCACCGAGGCCACGCCCACCGAGGACACGCCCCCUCCUCCCGUGACCCCGCCCCCUCCAAUUGAGGCCCCUCCCUCCGAGGCCCUUCCCACCUCAUCACAUGACCCCGCCCCCUCCCGAGCCCUCCCGCCCACCGAGGCCACGCCCACCGUGGCCCCGCCCACCGUGGCCCCUCCCAUCGAGGCCACGCCCCCCUCCUAUCAAGACCCCGCCCCCACCGAGCCCCCCCCACCUUAA